AUGUUCUGUGCGAUCUCUGGAGAGCCUCCAAAGGUUCCCGUCGUGUCCAGAAAGAGCGGUCUCAUCUACGAGCAGCGUCUCAUUAACAAGUACAUCAACGAUAAUGGCAAGGAUCCCGUGACCGGCGAUGCGCUCGAGCUCGACGACCUCAUCGAGAUCAAGUCCAAUCCCAAGACCGCUGUUCCCCGACCGCCGCAACACAGCUCGAUCCCGUCCUUGCUCACCUCGUUGCAGAACGAAUACGAUGCGAUCAUCCUCGAGACCUUCACGCUCAAGAAGCACUACGAUAACCUUCGACAGGAACUGGCGCAUGCGCUCUACGCCAACGAUGCGAGUGCACGCGUCAUUGCGCGCUUGCUCAACGAAAGGGACCAGGCACGCGAAGCGCUCGCCAGCAUCCAGGGCACGAUCGGUGCCGGACCCUCCUCAUCCAAAGCGGCACACGACGUCGAGAUGACCGAUUCCGCACCUGCCGGCAAUGGCGCCAGCAACGCCGCAGCUGGCAACGGUCUUUCCACCGAGGUGGUCGAGAUCAUCGACGCGACUGCGCAGCGAUUGUCGUCGCAGCGCAAAGCCAAGUCGAAGCGCAAGGCUCCCGAGGGCUAUGCCACGCAGUCUUCGGUCGCCAGCUUUGCUGAAACGCAAAAGUUGCCCUCGAUGCACCACGCCAAGCCGGCGGGCGUCAGCUGUCUCGCACUUUCCGCCGACGGAAACGUGCUGGUCACGGGCGGCAACGACAAGAACGUGCAGGUAUACGACCGCAAGGAGGAUAAAGUGCUGGCGACGCUCAAGGGACAUACAAAACGCAUCACGCGCGUGGCCGUGUCCGGCGCCUCGGACGCUCCGAUCGGCUCGGAAGCCGCAAGCGACGAAGCUGCGCUGCCGAGCUACGUCGUGAGUGCGAGCGAAGAUGGCAAGGUCAAGGUGUGGACACCGACCGGGGCGACGGGAGCCAAGGCGCAGGCGUAUGCUGUCGCGCACACCGGGUCGCCGCACCAGGGCGAAGUUACGGGGCUGGACGUGCAUCCGUCUGGAGCGCUGUUCGGCAGCGCGGGCCGCGACGGUACGUUGAGCCUGCGAUCGCUCGACGACGGUUCCGAGCUGCUUCGCGUCGAUGCUGGGCUGGGUGAUGCGUACGAGAGCUUUGCCUUCCACCCGGACGGCCAGCUCGCGGCCACGGGCACUGCCCAAGGCGCGAUCCGUAUCUGGGACAUCAAGACGGGACAGAAUGUGUCGACGCUGCAGACCGAGCUGUCUGGGCCCGUCACCGCGCUGCACUUCAGCGAGAACGGCUACUACCUCGCUGCGGCCAGCGACCAGGCCAAGGCGGUCGAGGUGUGGGACCUGCGCAAGCUCACCGCCGCCGGAAAGAUGACUGUGGAGGAAGAAGGCAAGGGCGGUGUCUCGGCGGUGCGCUUUGACCCUUCGCUCCAGUUCCUUGCGGUUGCAACCGACAGCGUGACGGUGUAUGCCAACAAGUCGUGGGCCCAGCUCGCGAGGAUGGAGGGCACUGCCAACUUGACCGGACUCGACUGGGACCACCGCGACGGCAGCAUCGUCGUGUCGAGUCUCGACCGAACUGUGCGCACUUUCGGCGUGUCCGCCUAG